UCCCUCGGAGCUGGCUUCUGCCCCAGCGAUGGCUGCGGAAAGCAGCAAGCAGUUCUGGAAGCGGAGCGCCAAGCUACCGGGCAGCAUUCAACCUGUCUAUGGAGCUCAACACCCUCCAUUGGAUCCCCGACUCACUAAAAAUUUCAUCAAGGAGCGUUCCAAGGUCAACGCACUUCCCAUGAAGAAUAAGAAGGCUAGCAGUUUUCAUGAGUUUGCUCGUGACACCAGUGAUGCCUGGGAUAUUGGGGAUGAUGAAGAUGAGGACUUCUCAUCUUUCCAGACUUUGAACUCUAAGGUGGCCAAGGCCACAGCAGCACAGGUGCUGGAAAACCACAGCAGACUACGUGUGAAACCAGAAUGGCCUCAGGCAGCUCUUAGUGAAACUCCAACGAACUGUAAAGUCAUCAAGUCCAGUAGUGAUGCCCAUAUAUCCAGAACGCCUGAAGAUGUCUGCACACGCAACCCCCUCCACAAACAACAGUCACUACCACUCCGACCCAUCAUUCCACUUGUUGCUCGCAUCUCUGACCAAAAUGCUUCAGGAGCUCCUCCCAUGACAGUGCGUGAAAAAACUCGCUUGGAGAAGUUCCGGCAGCUUCUUUCCAGCACCAACACAGAUCUAGAAUUUUGGAGAAGUUUCCUCACCCACCAGAAUACUGUAUGUGAAGACACUUGCCACUAUUUAUUUGCAGAUGAAUUGAGGAAAUGUAGCUGGCCUGGUGUUCCCAGAGAAGUCCGUCCUGUGACAUGGCGACUUUUAUCAGGUUACCUUCCUGCCAGUAUGGAGCGGAGGAAACUGACCUUGCAGCGCAAGCGAGAAGAAUAUUUUGGUUUCAUUGAGCAGUAUUAUGACUCUAGAAAUGAGGAGCAUCAUCAAGAUACAUACCGACAGAUCCAUAUAGACAUUCCACGGACGAAUCCCCUCAUCCCUCUGUUCCAGCAGCCAUUAGUUCAAGAGAUCUUUGAACGCAUCCUGUUUAUCUGGGCCAUCCGACACCCAGCCAGCGGCUACGUGCAGGGGAUUAAUGACCUGGUCACACCAUUCUUUGUCGUGUUCCUCUCAGAAUAUGUGGAAGAGGAUGUGGAGAAUUUUGAUGUUACAAAUCUGUCUCAGGAGGUGAUGCGGAGCAUUGAAGCAGAUAGCUUUUGGUGUAUGAGCAAGCUACUAGAUGGGAUACAGGACAAUUACACAUUUGCACAGCCUGGAAUCCAAAAGAAGGUCAAAGCACUGGAGGAACUUGUCAGCCGUAUCGAUGAACAGGUACACAAUCACUUCAGGGAAUAUGAAGUAGAAUACCUGCAGUUUGCCUUUCGUUGGAUGAACAAUUUACUGAUGAGGGAGCUUCCUCUUCGCUGCACCAUUCGCCUUUGGGAUACCUACCAGUCUGAGCCAGAGGGAUUCUCUCAUUUCCAUUUAUAUGUCUGUGCUGCAUUCUUGAUUAAGUGGCGGAAAGAGAUCUUGGAUGAAAAGGACUUCCAGGGCCUUCUAAUGCUGCUACAAAAUCUACCCACGAUACACUGGGGCAAUGAAGAGAUUGGACUCCUCCUUGCUGAAGCCUACAGACUGAAGUACAUGUUUGCGGAUGCUCCCAAUCAUUACCGCCGAUAGGUAUCAAGCUUCUGCCUCUGCGCUCCAUCAUGUUGGCCCAGUCCCAAUCACUGUGGCGUUGCAUCACUUGAGUCCUCAGACACUCUGACCAGGAACCCACUCUUUGCUGUAAAAAGCUCACACUGGACUUCCGUCUUAACUUUGCGUGUGCCUGCCACUCUGUGCGUGGAUGUGCCACUGAAACCACCAUUAGUGUCCCAUGCUGUUAUGGUGGCCUGAGCUCAGUUGGGGAAGAUGUACGAAUAAACUGAGCCCCUGAAUGCACUUCAAGCCCCAGCCUGGGUCAUCUGAGCCUUGCAGCCUCUUGUUAACCCGCUUAAGCACAGACACACUCAUGCACUCCCAGCUGGGCCUGUAUAUUCCCCCUCCCCAGACGCUGUUCAGUCAAACUCCCCAAUGAAGAUGCCUUACAAAGAGUUCUGCCCUGGGGAAUGGCAGUGCCGUCGGACUCAAGAAGCUCUCAGGGCUUAGCUUCACUCGGCGUGUCUGAAGAAGUGUGGCAUUUUGAGAGUUAACAAGAGAAACAUACACUCCACACACACACCUCCACACAGUUACACCCUGUGAAGCAUGUCUCUUUGCAUAGGUUGGUACACAUGUGUUCAAAAGGCUGUCUUGUCCACACACUGUUUGGAAUGACACAAGUGAACAAGACAGUAAGUCUUCUGUGAUUGAUUGAUUGAUUGUUUGGUUGGUUGAUUGGUUGGUUGAUUGGCUAGCUGACUUUCUGUCUGUCUGACCUGCUGUGUGAAUUGAACUGAAGGGGGAGGGCUGAGCUUUUAAAAAUCUUUCUGUGACAAUGACACUCCUCCAAGGAAUUAUGUGUAUAUUGUGUUCUUGUGUAUAUGGGUAAAAGAUGUACAAUAUCAGUCUUCUGUUUGUAGCAGAUAUGAUUUUAUAUUUAUAACGUGUGUCUCAAGCGUGUAAAGACUGCCUCGGUUACAAAUGACAGUGGGCCCCCUGCCUCCCCUGGUUGUCAGGGUUUUGGAGCUGUCUGCACAUCUGCACUAGCACAUUAUUCCCCUUCCUCAAAACUUGCAUUUUAUUUUGGUUAGGACAAACUUCACUCAGAAGCAAAACACAUGGAGCGACCUCUGGAGCUUCAACCAUCUGGCCCUAAGUAGGCCAUCUGUGGUUGACACCAGGCCUGUAUAUUAGUGUCUCCAUCUCUUGGGAUGGGGAGUGCGACCCAGCCUGCGUUACCUGGCUUUUCUCUCUUCCCCGCCCUGCUUGGCCUCCUUCAGUGAAGAAAAGAUGACUUUCUUGCUUCAAGGCUCUAAACUGUUCUGGAGAGAGAGGAAGAGGUGCUGGAUUCUGUACCAGACCCCCUUCCUCCAUGCUCCACUGUUGUUUCAGUGUGAUUUCUGACAAACAACUAUAUAAAAAAAGUGUGUUUUCAUUUUAAUGGUUUAUUCCAGCCAGCAGGUGGAGUCUCAUUAGUGCCAAGCCUUGACCUCUUUGGUUACAUUUAUUCCCUGGGCUGUUUUGCAGCUUGUGUUGGGCUGACUUUUCAUUUCAUCAGGUUUCAAACUGCUCGCUCCUCCUUUUGUUUUCCCACUUGGGGCUGGAAAUCAAAAGCAGUCCAGCAGCUUUCUUGUAGUGAUGGCACCAGAGGAUGCAGGAGGCACAACAAGGCAAGAGUCUUGCUGCCACUCAGACACGAAGCAGCGUUUCCCAAAUGGCUUUUCUAACCUGAAGUUGUUUUCUCAGGCAUUCUGACUUGAUUUUCUUUUGUGUGUGUGCCUUUUGUUGUUUCCUCUGAGACAGCAACCUGGUGGUCAUUAGUUUAACAUGACUAAUUAAAAAGGAAAACCAAAAA